AUGAACCUUCUGGUCGUGCUAGUACUUGUACCAUGUUUUUGCUUGACUAUCGAUGGGAAAGGCUUUUUAGCCGGAGAGGACCCCGUAAACAACAAUGAUGAUCGUAACUUCUUGAACUUCUAUGACGAAGAGCCAAAGAGUUUUGUGAACGGAAUCGAGGAUUUCUUUCCCCAACGAUAUAUUGACGACCAGUUCAGUGGGGAAUCGUCUGGAAGUAAGAUGGUUUAAUUUAAUUUUUUUUUAAUUCAGCCAUUUUUUCUAGCCUACAAUAUAUUUAUCCGAUAUUCGGUAAAUUGGUUGGAAAUUCGUCACCACAAUCAUUUGACAAUUUCUCCUUCUACGCCGAGUUAGUUCCUCUGGAAAAAAGCUUUGUUCAGAGAUCAAAUUGACCUGGAAUAUCAGCGAACGUGUUGACUAACAAGCUGCAAUGAAGAUAAAAUAGUACGUAAGAGCUGGAAUAAGAGUUAACAUUGACCAUCUUAAAACCCAAAACGAUGACUUAGUAAACUGUAAGAAAUGUUCGCCUUUGUUGCGCACACUUACCAUAGGUGAUUUUGUUCCGGCGCAAUUUUUGGCUUUCUCAAAUCUGCAUCCACGUUAACAUUUGUUUCGCUACCUGAAGACAGAGAUCCGUGUUGAAAAAGGUUCAUGUGAGCUUUACUUCAGUUUAUAGAAGGUUAUGUUUCUCAUAGCCUUUACCUUCUUUUAUUUGUGUUUGACGACAGAAUUCUCAGUAUUUGUACAUUUGCAUUCGCUGUAGCAUUUGUACAUGGUCGUAGACCACUAGGGGUCGUCCCUUUUUUCCUCAAGACCACGCGCAAGGAGCUUCGCCGCUCGCCGCUCACACGUGCGCUCCAAGUAUUCUGUCUCAAAAGACAAAUUAGAGACGGCUCGCGAUCUAACAUUGAGUGUUGCUAAUAUGAAUUUAUAUCUACACUGAUCAACAGCAACUAAUGCUUUUAAACAGACAAAUUAAUUUAUUUUAAAUUAAUGUUUGUGUUUUGUUUCAGUUCAGAGUCCCUGUACUGAGAACCCCUGCCUAAAUGAUGGUAACUGCUCAGUGAUCGCUAGUGGAGAUUAUUCUUGUGCAUGCCCGGGCGGAUAUUAUGGAAAGAACUGUGAAACAGGUACUUUUAGAAAGCAUUUCAACACUAUCGAUUGAUUUCUAAGAGCGCCGGCUGAAUUGUAAGGAAAAAAAUAAAGCAAAGGGAAGAAUGUGAUCAUGCCCCACAAAAAGGGGCUGCUGUGAUGAGUUUCAAAUGAGAUGUUUUAAAGACUUAAAAAUCAAAGUUCUAUUCUUAUAUCACUCGAUACACUAAGGUUCACUGGAAGUUCAAACGCCAAACGUUUCGUGUACCGAACUUAAUACCUAUUCGGACGACCUAAAUGUUGUAGAGGCUGCGGUGGACUUGGGCAUCGAAGUUGAUUAGUCGUACUCUAUUACGAUUUUCUCAAUGUACAAUGGCAAGUGUUGAACCAUUGCCACGCUUACCAGUCAAAAUAGAUUACUGGUUCAUUUGAUAGGGGGACAUGGAAAGUUUGAACGUUUCAACUGGGCCUACGGCAAACUAUAAAAGUGAUUGUUAAGAAAAAGAAACAUGACGCGUGUUUAAGAGUGGACCUACUUAAUUUCUUCCCGUCAAGUAAUUGUACGCCUUUUUGUUAUUUUCCAUAGCAAACUUGUGUUACAAGAACCCUUGUAAAAACGGAGGCAAAUGCAAGUCUCGUGCUGGCCGCAGCUACUAUUGUAAAUGUGCACAAGGAUUUCAAGGAAAAAACUGUGAGGAAGGUAAUAAAACUACACUCACCUAAAAUAAAAUAACGGAUAGUUACAUGUAUUAAGAUGGUCUAAGAUCAUAUACUUUCCCAAAGUUUGUUCACUAAAUGUUUUUAGGAUCUUGGUGUAGUUAAUUUCGCCGUUGUCAGUAAAAAAAUACGAAUUCUUCAUAGGAAAAGAUAGUUUCUUCGAGGGAUUCCAAGACAUUUUCAGCAAUUCGCAAACAGUUAGUUUAUGGCAAUAUCGGCAUUUAAAAUGCAGUGGUUCUGUGUGGCUGAUAAACAAUGAAUUUUGUACAGUUCUAAUAUUUUAAACAGAAUUUUGCAAAAACUCAAAUAUCAAACUCUGGCCGGGUUGUUCAAAGCUGGGUUAAGAUAACCCAUGGUUAGUGCGAAAAUUGAACUCAGAUAUAAAAGGUAAAAAAUCAAAUUCAGUUUAAUUCUCUUCCUCUAUGAUUUGCUAAUGGUAUAAGCUUAAAAGAAUCAGAAAAAUUUAUUCGAGGAAAUGCUAUUGAGCAGAAGGAAAACUGAGGAACCCGUAUUAAAACUCUUUCCACGGGAUAGUGCUAAUCGGCCUUUGAACAACUGGGUCCACACUUUUUGAUGUAGCUAAAUUUACACUGAUCAGUAAAUGUCUACAAGGCAAUAAAUUAAGAUACCUGUAAAGGAUAAGCGUUUUCCAUCCUUAGGCCGCUCAAUUUAAAGCCGUAUUAGUUGUCCGGGAAAAAAGUCGCAGAUUUUCGCAAAUAUUCCAUCAAUCGCUCGGCCCAGGGGCCUAUUUCUCGAAAGUCGAUAACUUUUCGGGCCCGGAAAGCUGUUUAAUGUUUGCUGUGUUUACAUUCAGGAUCAAAGUUGUCAUAGUAACACAUUCAAUGGUAUUCAAUCUUCACGAACAGCUUUCAAAUAAAAAUGUUCUAAUUUUGUAUACAAAACACCUUUUUUAUGGACAUAAACGAGUGUUCUAGUGAUGUUUGUGGUGAAAAUGCCAACUGCGAAAAUACAGUGGGUUCUUACAUUUGUAUGUGCAAAUCUGGAUACGCCAGGAGAAAUUUGACGGGUUGUUCCGGUAAGAACAUUCAUUAUUGCAUCAAAUUACCUUUUUUCCUUUAGAUUCUAGUUUUUAACUUAUUAUUUCUUCCAGCUGAAUAUUUUAAGAUGGUCAGAAUUUUGAAUUUCCUGAAACACUGGAGGUCUUCUACGACCAGACUCAAAAUAAAUCUUGUUAUUUUUAUUUUGAUAAAUUUAACUAUCUUCGCUGGGAAUUGAAUUCACUUUCCUACUAUUCUACACUAUCAAAGAGAAAAAAAUUCUUCAAGAUACUUAGAAAGCAGUUCUUCGAGGAAAAACAGAUAGUUUAUUUUAGAAAAAUAACCUUACAAUAUCCUCUUCUUAGAUAUCAACGAGUGUGCUAUCGGCGCUGAUGCUUGUGACGUUAAUGCCAAGUGUAAAAAUACUGUGGGAUCUUACACUUGUACUUGCAAAAAGGGUUUUACUGGAAAUGGAGAAACAUGUACUGGUAAGAUUUACUUGACAUACUGGUUUCUUCGUUCCUUUUCAGAUGUUCUUUAGUUUCCAAGAACAUCCAUGACAUUAAAUGUUGUUCUCAAAUAAUCAGAGCAGGGUGAUACAUUACAUUAACAGGCUUAAAAUGUUAUAACAUCGUAUUUAACUGCUUUAGGAUGCUUUAAAAGUAAACGAUCUAAUAAACUGAAAAAAUCUCGUGAUACUCUGUUUUAGAUAUCAACGAAUGUUCUACCGGCGCUGAUGCAUGUGACGUUAAUGCCAAGUGUAAAAAUACUGUUGGAUCUUACACUUGUAGCUGCAAAAAGGGAUUUACAGGAAAUGGAAAAACAUGCACUGGUAAGAUUUACUUGUAACUGACUGACCAACUCUUCCCAAAUUAAAACAAUCGCCUUCUUUUUCAAGUAGCGAAAUAGUAAAUGAUAUUGCUUAGAAGUUUUACUAGUUUUAACCGUUUUACCCUGCAGUAAUGUCCCUUUAAGAUAAUUGAAAUAUUACUGAGAAAAAUACGAUCUAUUUUAAAUUAAAUUGAAACUUAGAAGUAAUCGUAAGUAGGGUACACUUGAGGCUAAACUAAUUUUUGGUUGCAUAUACACAGAAAUAUUCGCAGAGUUGGUUAGAUAAUUUCCCAAAAGAAAAAUUUAUAUUGGAAGAUGUCUUAUAACCUUGAGCGAACCUUAAACUGUGUUCUGAUUUCUCGAGAUAUUGAGAAUAUUAAUGAAAAGCAAAUUUGUAUAAAUGUCACCAAUAACGCGAACUGUCUCACGCAAACAUCUGAAAUCAAGAUGAAUCAUUGUUGCAUGAAAUGGACUGUUUGCAUAGCAGGGGCGAAAUAUUAAACCUCAACAAACAGUCAAGAACUCUCUUUCUAUUUCUCGCUCACUCCGGUCCGAUUAUCCAUUUAUGGCAGAAAGAAAGAUAACCUUAAUGUACGAGAGCCUUUUUUGUUAGUACGCCUGAACAUAGCCUGUUUACGAAUUUCGAAAUGGCACAGAAAAGGCAGACAAACGACGAAAAACGCAGACUUGUUACUGCUCUCCCCCUUAGUACCACAGGAUACCCAAGAACCGAAGAAUACCCAAGAUUAGGAGUUCCGUUCUCCUAACGUCAAACGCAAAAAUCUUGUAAUAUUCUCUUCUUAGAUAUCAACGAAUGUUCUACGGGCGCUGAUGCGUGUGACGCUGAUGCCAAAUGCAAAAAUACUGUUGGAUCUUUCAUAUGUACCUGCAAAAAGGGUUUUUCAGGGAAAGGAAAAACAUGCACUGGUAAGAUUUACCAGACUUAGUGACUAGCUCUUCCAAAACAAAGCCGUUCUUCCUCUUUUCCAGUUCGGUUCUAUUCAGAUAGCACAAUAUUAAAUAAUAUUCCAAAUUAAUAUUACUUCUGCAUAGUUUCAACUGUUUAACCCUAGAGUAAAGUGGCUUUAGAAUAACUAAAAGAUUUUUCCAAGUAAAUAACGAUCCACUAAAACUGAGAUAAUCUUGUGAUACCCUGUUUUUAGAUAUCAACGAAUGCUCUACCGGCGCUGAUGCUUGUGACGUUAAUGCCAAGUGCAAAAAUACUGUUGGAUCUUACACUUGUACCUGCAAAAAGGGAUUCACGGGAAAAGGAAAAACAUGCACUGGUAAAAUUGGAUUAUAUUACUGACUUCGGCUUCUUUCUUUAAAAAAAAAACAUCAUCUUCAUAUUUAGACCUUCGUUUGAUUUCAAUAACAUUGCGUUAGAAGGUAUCAUUAAUUUCUGUCAGAUGAUUCGAAAAAUUUUCUUUUCCCAGAUAUCAACGAAUGUUCUACCGGUGCUGAUGAUUGUGACGUUAAUGCCAAGUGCAAAAAUAAUGUUGGAUCUUACACUUGUACCUGCAAAAAGGGUUUCACAGGAAAUGGAAAAACAUGCACUGGUAAGAAUUACUUGACUAACUGCCUACCUCUUCCAAAAAUAAAAACUUUGUUUUGCCUUUCAAUAACAGUUUUACCUGUUUAACAUUGAAGUAAACGGGAGUUUUUUAGUUACUUUAAAGUAUUUGAAGAAAAUAUAAACGAUACAAAAGAAAUAAUCUCAUGAUAUUCUGUUCUUAGACAUCAACGAAUGUUCUACCGGCGCUGAUGCCUGUGACGUUAAUGCCAAAUGUAAAAAUACUGUUGGAUCUCACACUUGUAUCUGCAAAAAGGGUUUUACAGGGAAUGGAAAGACAUGCACUGGUAAGAUUUACUCGACGUCCUUAAAUUACAGACUUCUCCUCUCCAAAGAAAAAGGCUUCGUCUUCAUUUUCGACUUUCCUUGUUAAAUUUGAUCCAUUAGCUCAGUGGUAAAAUGAUUCAAGAAAUAGCACAGUCUCGCAUUACAAUGAUAGCCUUUAAAAAUGAAUGGCAAGCACAGUGGCUUGCUAAUUCAAGUGACUUGCAAAAAACCCAGGAGGUGAACAUAAUGGCCAUCGACACCUCUGCCAAACCCAGUCACUCUGAUUAUCAAAUAAACUCUGGUCAAAGAGAGAAGACAUGAAAAUUUAAUUUGCAGGCAAAUGUUUUGUGUAACUGUUAAUAUAAUAAUGUACUAAACUGGAGAUGAGACUAAAACUGAUCUUGUGAUAUUCUGUUCUUAGAAAUCAACGAAUGUUCUGUCGGCGCUGAUAACUGUGACGUUAAUGCCAAGUGCAAAAAUACUGUUGGAUCUUACACUUGUAUCUGCAAAAAGGGUUUUUCAGGAAAUGGAUAUAAAUGCAAAGGUAAGAUUUAUUUAUUUGUUACUGUGUUCUUCCCCUGAAAGGAAAGCGUCAUCUUCAUAUUCAGACCUUUGUUUGUUUCCAACAACAUGACAUUAAAACGAGUGCAAUGUCCAAUUGUUUCUCAAGUCCAAAACUUUGGGUUUAAUAAUAGUUUAAAAUCUCUCCUUUACCAACUCCCACCACUAUCUUGGCUCGUUCUGCCAAUCGGCUCUUCCUUUUCUAGCCUCAUUUUCAGUGCCUGAAAAUCUUGCGUUAGAGUGUCAAGUUUGCUCUUGAAGCUAUCGGUUCCCUUUUCCAAUAAUUGGAUAGUAAUUUUUGUCAUUAUUCAGAGACAUUUGAUUCGAAGUUUUGGCAGUUCGCAAAAAAAAUAAUGCCUGUUUACUGAGGCACGCGUUUCCCUACUCAGUCCUCUUGCCCACUAACUUUAAAAAAAAACAUCUAAAUAAAUUCAUAAAUUUUAAAUAUUUCUGUUUAGAUAUCGAUGAAUGUGCUGUACAGAAUGGUGGAUGCUCUCACGACUGUGAAAAUACACCCGGCAGUUACGAGUGCGAAUGCCCAGACGCAGAGCUCUCAUUGGCUGAAGACAACCAUACUUGUGAAGGUAAACACUGAACAUACCUUUCGCUGAUAUACAGUACAUCCAAUCCAAUAUCAACAGCUUGUAGCUCAUUGAAUGGUUGUUACUUCAGUUAAAAAAAUUCUUGAUAGGAAAUUACGAAAAUGCAAGAACUGAUUUAAUUAUCGAAAAGGGUAGAAGAUGACUUAAGUGCUACCCGGGGCCUUUCCUGUCUUCUCCGGCUGCUAAUAAGCGUGUAAAUGUAAAAUUUCCUGCAAAUCGUCCACCAUAUAACCUACUUGUAGACGGGGGAUCAACCCAGACCGGGGUGAUCAACUCCUAUUAAAUGGUUUAAACAUUUAUUCCUCAGCAAAAGGUGUCCUCGUCCGUUGCCUUCAAAACAAGAUGUCCAUCACUAUCCCCAAGCCCCUCCUCAAAGGAAUGGACCGAGAGCAUAUUCGUCUCCUGGACCCAAAAUGCGGAGCAACCGAGAAUGCCACACAUUUUACUCUGACAACAGCACUGACGAAAUGCAACACAACACGAAGACACACCAAGUCUUCUAUUGUAUAUAGCAACACUGUGCUAGAGAUUCCGCUGAAAAAUAAUGACAUCAUUACCCGUGUCAGGGAAAUUGAGAUUCCAUUCAGUUGUUACUAUUCUAAUAAAAGAACAGCCACAGCCGUUGGAAUGAGGCCCGAAAACCGAAAGCUGGUUUUCUCGGAGAAAGGAGAAGGAAAUUUCACCAUUGUACUUGAAUUAUUCCACAACAAAAGGUUUGAAGUUUAUAGCAAUUUAAAUAUAUACAUUUUCAGAAAGACGAAACUGCAUUCAAACUAACUGCUUUAUCAAACCGUUAUAUUUCGAAAUGCGAUUUCUCCACAUAUCCUACGGCUUUGAAUAAGUGUAUUGUAAAAAGUAGGUUACUCGACAUCUUUCAGGCCAAAACUUGCUUCUAAUUGAGUUUUCUCAGAAAUGCGAUCAAGAUAGGACAGAAUAUUCAUAUUUUUUUCAAAGCCAGGAAGCUGAUAUCUCGUGCAUGACACAAAAACUGAACAUACUACUUUGAUUUCGACAACGGCAAGACUUAACCAUUUUGUUUCGUGUGAUUGCAGAUUCGUCAAAUCAUAUAGUGCAAGUGACUACCCAUUGUCCUUUAAACUCCGACAAUUGAUGUUCUUCCAAGCCAAAGUUCAGAGCAAAGACAAGAGGCUGUCGAUCUUGGCUAAAAAAUGUUUUGCCACACCAACACCUGAUCAGAAAAACCCGAAGAAGCAUUUCAUAAUGGAUAAUGGGUAAGGAAAGAUCUUUUUUGUCCUCGCUGUCUUUGUUUUUUAAUAAAAACGUGUUACAGACAAUUAACUCAUUUCGCAUAACAAAUGAGGCUAGAUACACCAAGAACCCGGAUACAAAUAUAGGCCCCCAAUCCGGUAAGCAAAAACCUUCCCCGCCUGGAAAAUUGCCCUCAAAUACAAAUAAAACAAAGCAAAAAUGUUAUAUUCCAACUACCUGCCAAAUCGAUUUUGAAACGCAAAUUUCCUUCCGUAGAAAAGCCCCUCCGAAUAUAAGCCCCUCAAAAAGGGCCUUUGAAAAAUAUAAGCCCCGGGGCCUAUUUUCGGAAUUUUACGGUAACCGUGUUUUUUAACAACCUGUUCGCCUAAAAUUUGUCAGUUAACUCUUAUCAUACUCAAACCACUCUCGUGCGUGAAAAAAAUCCUUUUGCGCUGUCUAAGCAUCUCAAAAUAUUCCGUAAUGUGAUAUUUAAAUAGCGUAACUGAAUCGAAGCCAAUGUUCACAUGAACACUACUUUUUUGCCAGAUGUCCAGUUGAUGAUACCUUGGAACUCUAUUCUUCACCUACGGGCACCUUUCGAUUUGGUUUGGAAGCCUUUGAAUUUGUGGAUCAGCCAUUUGUCUUUGUCCAUUGUCACGUGAUCGUCUGUAACGCGACUGAUCGGCAAUCCAGAUGUGCACGAGGAUGUGAAAAGAAACCUCGGCUCAGACGUGAAGUCCAACAUCACGAGAUAUAUUCCCUGGCUCAAGGACCAAUCACACUAGAUCGCAAUAAGGAAUACAAGGAACCAGACAAUAAUCUCGCCAUUGACAGCAAAGUCGAUACUGCAGGUAUUAUACGCUCGAAAUAUUUUUCAUGAAAGUCAUCUUCCUCUUAACAGACAGUCCAGACACUUGCAGUUGAUCCCUGCCAUUCAGUCAUGUGCCUUAAAAGCGGACAAUUACACUGUACUAUGUUUUUCAAUAGAACUGCCCAACAAACAGCACGUAUUUACGAUCACUUCCUGUUUUGAAUAACUGAUCCAUUGAACAGCCCACAAUAUAAAUGAUUUUGCUGUUAAACUAGAAAGACACGGAUUUUAAAACCCUUUCCAUUGAUUAUUUUUUCUUUUCCUGUCUUAUUUCCUUUUCUUUAGCUGGAGACAAUCUUCCACUGCUUGCAGCCAUGGCCGCCAUGACAGCUUUGACCAUGUUUGGAGUCGCAUUUAUGGCUUUCAAGAAAAGAUGA